UUUUGUCUGAGAUGGACCAAGUGGGUGGUACCAUGUGUAACAGAAGUUAGCCUGGACACGUGGUUAGAGGAUGACCAAUCAGGCGCCCCUCCAGGUUUAACUAUGUUAAAUGUCAGAUUGCAAUAAACUAGAAGCUGUUGGUCGGGCCCGCGGAAAUGGGCGAGCAUAAUCUCCUUAAUCCAGGGUUUGUGGGACCUUUGGUAAACAUCCACACUGGAGACACAUUUUACUUUCCGAAUUUUAGAGCCUCAGGGGGACAACUGGCGGGGCUACCGUCUCUCUCCUACCCGAGAAGGGACAAUGUUUGCUCCCUCCCGUGGAAUCCUUCGGAGCCGUGCAAUGGAUACUCUCAAUCCUACUUUAGCAGCCCCGUGUCUAUUAACCCUUCUUUCAAUCGGUCGUGUGAAAUUACCAGACCAGAAGAGGGGAAAUGUUAUUAUAACAACGGCAACGGAAACAGGGAGACCUGUUCAGGUGGCAGCAGCCUCAAACGAGAGGAUAGGGCGAGAGACACAUCAUCCCUAACAUCUGACCACGGGAUGCACAGUGGAAUUGGCAGCACUGCCGCCUUUUCCAAAUAUGAUUAUGGGACCGAGCAGCUAACGCAAGACCCGCCAUCCUGUCAGUCAAUGGAGUCCGACUCCAGCUCCUCUCUGCUCAACGAGGGCAGCAAGCCUUCAUCCAGCGACACACAGACCCUGGUGUCACCGGGAAGCCAUUCAAGCAACAUAGCCGCAAGCGGAGGUGCCCCGUGGUACCCGAUGCACACUCGGACCAGAAAGAAGCGCAAACCAUAUUCCAAACUUCAGCUGGCUGAGCUAGAAGGUGAAUUCAUGCUGAACGAGUUCAUCACCAGGCAGCGGCGGAGGGAGCUCUCCGACCGCCUGAACCUCAGCGACCAACAAGUCAAGAUCUGGUUCCAGAACCGCAGAAUGAAGAAGAAGAGACUCAUGCUGAGGGAGCAAGCCUUGGCCUACUUUUAGAGAUGCGGCAGAAGGUGAAUCGAUAGGCAGUAAAAAGCCAAGCCUUCUACGCUCCCUUAGGUCUUCUUUCAAUGCAUGCACUCAUCUAUCCAUCUUUUACAUUGCAGGCAAUUAUUACAACAUUUUCUGAUUAUUUUUUUUUCUCAAAGGUGCGGGCUACACAAGCCCAAAACAAGCCAUUAUCUGACAUUCAAAGCUAUUCUCAGUGAGACUGCCUUCAUGUUUGGUAUAAUCGCACAAAACAAACAAAAAGAAAAGCUGUGAGAAUGUGUUUUCUGUGUAUGAUCCGUCUCUUGGUUUUCCCUGAUCUGUCAAGAGAUUUGUCUACGCCCUUAUUGCAAGCCAUGCGAAAUGUGUUUCGAAGCCAGUCAUUCAGUUUUUGGAUGACACAUAAUGACAACAUCCGUUUAGUUCCAUUUUAGUCAGAGAAAAUAAGGAGGGAGCGGGGGCCCCCGUUUGGUAAAAUCUCAAAAUAGGCCUAAAAAUAACAGUGAAGUCAGAAAAGACAGAGAAGCCUGACUGGUAGGCUGGAGCCGCAUCCGCGCAAUAAUUUCUUUGAGUUUAUGAAGUGAUGAAGAAGAAUCUCCCUCUCGGUUUGCUUAUUACUUCCAAAGCCACAAUUUGUUUGGUCGUCCUUAUCUCCUUUUCCAUAGUUUUCACCACGCGUUGUGGGCACGUUCACGGUCACGGACAGGAAGUCUGGGCGUCUGCAUGAGGGGAGAGGGAGGACUAAAACCGCAGCGUAAUCCAUAUCUGUGUUUUUAUGACUGCGCAUUGGAAAAAUUAAUUGCCAUGACUUUGUUCAUGUGCUAACAAGUUUCUAAAGGUAGCGUAUUUUUCUUACUUUUAUUACCUUUCAACUUGUCUUAACAACAACCACAGAAUUCUGCAUGAUUUGCAUUUCUUUAUUUGAAUGAGAUCACCGUUUGAAUACGGUUCUGAGCUGCUAUAAAAAGUCCACGUCCAGAUUAUGCCAGUGAAAAAAAAUAGUAUAUUCUACAAUAAACUCACUAGGAUCUGUAAUGGAAAUAUUCAAGACUGUGAGUACAUUUUUAGGCCCACUUGGUUAAACAAGGAAACCGCCUAAAGUUGCAGCUGGGAGUGGGGUGCAAAUAAGUUUUUAGGCCUAAGAGAGCAUUUCUGAAACUUGGUGCUCACAAUGAAAACAAAUAUGUAGAAAGUUAGAGAAUUUAACAAUAGGCCUAUACGUGUGUGCUCCCUUAAUUUGGGGCGAAUGCAAUGCAUUAUCUGUCAUGUAUAAUGAGUAAGCUAUAGCAGUGAAAUGUAUUUGCAGCAUGUUAUUGAUGUGAAAUAGCUAUAAGUCAUGUUCUGCGGGCCACUUUUUCUGUAGGUGACUUUUUUAUACUUUUUUCCUGAACAAAUCAAAAGUGAACACAACCUAAAACAUUUUUGACACAAACGUCUACAAAGAAUGUAUUAUUAUUAUUAUUAUUAUUAUUAUUAUUAUUAUUAUUAUUAUGGUGGAAGGGCGGUAGGCCGAGUAGGCCUACUUAAUGUACUUGCUCCUUGCAAUGUACUCAGUGUCGUCCUUUUCCUUACCUUGUACUCGUGUAUAACUUUGUAAAAUGACAUUACACAUGUUACUAUUUGUAUCCUAUUUUAGGAUCCCUUAUCGCUAUGUAAUAGUGCUUUAUGUUAUUGGUCGUCUUGUACAAAAUGGCAUUCCAUAUAGCCUAUUUGUGGUUGUAAGGGUUGGGAAUGUAGGCCUAUUAUAUUAUACUGCCAAGAAUGGAUAUAAGAAAUGGUAUGCAAGAAAUUUUACCAUACAUGACAUUUAAAGAAACCCUGUUUCAGUGUAGUAGUUGUUUGUUAUCGUUCUUUUAUUUUGUCCCUCAUUGCAUUCCCUUCUUUGCGCUUGUAAGGAUUGCUACGUUGUCUUGUAAAAGUAAUAAUGAUAUGAAUGUAUAUCCGUAAGGUCCUCAAUAAACAGAAUAUUGAAAUGUU